AUGGAUCCUCCUGCGGGCUUUGUGCGCGUUUGGAAUCCAGCUGUCGCCGCCUCCCAGAGCCCCCGGUCCCCGAAGGGCGCGCAUUUCCGGGCCGCCCACCGCCCCGCUCGCCUCGGUAGCGGCUGUCCCGGCAGAGUCGAGGCCGCCCCCGCCCGCUCCUUGGCCGUCCGGCCCCAGUCGCCCGCCGAAAUGCCAGUCGAUUUCACUGGGUACUGGAAGAUGCUGACCAACGAGAAUUUCGAGGAGUACCUGCGCGCGCUCGAUGUGAAUGUGGCCUUGCGCAAGAUCGCCAACUUGCUGAAGCCAGACAAAGAGAUCGUGCAGGACGGCGACCAUAUGAUCAUUCGCACACUGAGCACUUUUAGGAACUACAUCAUGGACUUCCAGGUCGGGAAGGAGUUUGAGGAGGAUCUGACUGGCAUAGACGAUCGCAAAUGUAUGACCACGGUGAGCUGGGAUGGGGACAAGCUCGAGUGUGUGCAGAAGGGCGAGAAAGAGGGGCGCGGCUGGACCCAGUGGAUCGAGGGUGAUGAGCUGCACCUGGAGAUGAGAGUGCAGGGUGUGGUCUGCAAGCAAGUGUUCAAGAAGGUGCAGUGAAGCCCAGCGGACGGCCAGACCAUGGCCUCCGGGAAGGAGUGGUGAGAAGCACGGGCCAGGAUCCCCUUCUUUGCACAGCAUGGAGCAGAAGUGUCCAGCC